AUUUGGAAAAGCACCAGAAAUUGUGAUUGAUUGAUUAAACCAUGAGUAGAACAAGAUCAAGAGAGGAUCAAUUUAAUAUUCCACCCGAAAGGAAAGACGACAUUAAGAACCUUGUAGUCAUAAAACAAGGCGUCAAGUCAAUCAUACGGGAAGAAUAUCGCGACAGAGUGAUUCAGUUUUUGGAUCAUCGAAGCUACAAAAUGACACUGAUUUCGUCACUGGCAUCAUUGUUGGCGUUGUACAAAAUUCAAGAAGCCAUCGAUGAUGGGAACCAACAAUUUUUUGUACAAAACGGUAAAACAUUUUUCAUUGAGUGCUUUAACGGUGUUUUAGCCGAUAAAGUCGACAGAGAGGAACUAAUGCCGCCAGCUUUUCGUAACAUUGUCGAGGCACACUUCGGUGUAGAGAAUUUUGAAUGGCCCGAUAAAGAAUGCCUGGGAAAUGGUUUUAAUUAUUUCUACCAAGAUCACAUUCGAAAUAAUCAGACCAAUCUCAACACUCAUUGUUCAGAACAUGUUGAAUCGUUUUUUCAAAUGAAACGCUGGUAUUAUAACAUGAAUAUCAAUGGCCAUCAAUACAAUGGAUCAAAAUUUGACGGCAUCGAUAUACGAAACGCAAAAGUUUACGCCACUAGUAACAAAGAUCUGACACAUGGUGAUGUAGAGAGAACAAAUAAGAUGAACAUUUUAUUGUAUGAACUGGAAAGAAUCGGUUGGCAGUGUCAAAAAGUUCAUAAUGAACAAUUGGUUCCGGUCACUGUCAAUGAGUUCGUUAAGGACAAUUGGUUCCAAUCACUGUGGAUGUUCGGUCAAAUGCAACGCCAAAUCGAAGUGUUUCAUCAAUAUUCACAACAAUGGCAUGCAUUCCGUCGCGAUGGAUUGAUAACGAACAAUCGACCGCCAAAAGUGAACAAUUUCGCACUUGUCCCGUUAUGCCGAUUCCAACUGAAAAACGUUCGAUUGGAUAUGACAGAUAUGUAUUAUUUGGCGAACACUGUACUAGGAGUGGUGCCAAGUUCUCGCAAUCCGCUGACCAAUCGAAUGAACAAAUACACACUGGACUAUUACUUGUACGGCCAUCGAGAUGAAUUGUGGAAUUUGGUUUUCGACAUGGAUAAAAUCAAACAAAUCGGCAAGCAGAAGCGGUUUCACUCGCAAAUCAUCACCAAUAGUGUUUGCGUGUCAAUAUUGUACGAGAAGCCAGCGAAGGCUUGGGUGGAAAAUUCGGAGCAUGCCACAUUUAACAACAUGACAUAUGCUAGUGCCAUCGAUCCGAACGAGAAAACGUGGGUUGCCGUUGUGCGCCGCCAUAUCAAGUCAAACAUUGAGAUAAGUUAA